AUGAGCGCCGGAGAGUUCUUCCACUCAAAGAAAAAGCCAGAGGGAAAAUGGUCCGACCAGAAGAGCGAGAGGUCUAGGGAUAAGCCACAUGAGUCGAGAUGGGAGAAAAGAGAUCGUACUAGCCAGAAGGAUCCACCCCGAAAAUUCAAGAAGUAUACCCCAACUACAGUCCCACUCGGGCAAGUGGUGAUGGACAUCAAAGACCAAAGGUUGCUCAAAUCGCUGGAGAGGAUGAAAACACCUCUAAAUUGCUUUGAUCUCAAAGAAGAAGUGGAAGGACUCAUCCGGAGAGGAUAUCUCAAAGAAUAUGUGGAGGAUCCUAAAGCGACUCAAAAUGGUGAUAACGACAGUAAGUCACCUGCUCGAGAAAUCCGAACAAUAAUGGGAGGUCCGGUAGAGAGAGAAUUUGGUAGAAAGAGAAACGCGAGCAUGCGAGAAACCAGGGCGAGCCUCAGACAACAUGAGAUCUAUCAUGCAUUUGUUGCAGAACAACCUGCAAAAAUCGAGUUCUCAGAGGAUGAGGUGACUCACCUCUUCCACCCACAUAACGAUGCACUGGUUAUCACUCUGAAAAUAACCAAUGCAAAGGUGCAUCGAAUCUUGGUAGAUGGUGGCAGCUUGGCAGAUAUCAUUUCUCCUUGA